CUCAGUUAAGAGAGAAAAAUUUUCCUCCAUUUCUGCGCAGCUUUGAUGGUUUAAUUUAGGUCCACAAAAGUUAAUUGUAUUCAAUCAGAUGAAAAUUGAUUCUUCUCCCUCAAAUAAUAUCAUGAACCAUAGUGAUAUUACUGAUUGCGAUGAUCUCAGUGACGAUGAUUCAAAUUUUGACGAUAACGACCUAUUAUCAUCAUCCUGCCAAGAUGAAGUCACAGCCCAGCUUGCUGCAGCAGGCCCAAUUGGUGUUGCUGCGGCUGCAGCCAUAGUUACCGCCAAGAAAAGAAAAAGACCCCAUUCUUUUGAAACUAAUCCUUCUAUCAGAAAGCGGCAACAAACAAGAUUAUCGAGAAAAUUGAAAGCAACAAUCGACGAGUACACUACGCGGGUUGGUCAACAAGCGGUAGUCCUCGUAGUCACACCCGGAAAACCUCAAAAUAAUUACAAAGUAUUUGGUGCUAGACCUUUGGAAAAUGUGGUUCGUAAUUGUAGGAAUAUUAUAAUGCAAGAGCUUGAAGCCGCUCUGGCACAACAGGCACCACCUCAAGUCAAAGAAGAUCCUUCUCGUCAUGAAUUACCCCCUCUAGUCGUAGACGGUAUUCCAACUCCUGUGGAAAAAAUGACUCAAGCACAACUCAGAGCUUUUAUACCUCUCAUGUUGAAAUAUUCCACUGGACGCGGUAAACCUGGUUGGGGAAAAGAGUCCACAAGGCCAGUGUGGUGGCCUAAAGAUCUUCCUUGGGCGAAUGUUCGGAGUGAUGCUCGCAGUGACGAAGAGAAGCAAAAGGUCUCAUGGACUCAUGCUCUCCGACAAAUUGUGAUAAAUUGUUAUAAGUACCAUAAUCGCGAGGACAUGCUUCCGAUAUUUAGUGAAGACGAUGACAAGAAACAAGAUACCUCCAAAGAGAAGGUGAAAUCUCGUACUCACACAAGCAUCAGCGUAACAGCAGUUCCAGCAGUGCCAGGGAGUUCUAAUGUCAACAAUAUACCCACUUUAACUGCAGAUUCUGCGACAGACACUUUAGCUGUAGCAGCACAAAGUGUCAAUAUGCAGUAUCAACAGGUACAUUAUGCUCCGACCAUGGUACAAGCCAUUAACAAUCCAGACGGAACUGUUUCACUCAUCCAAAUGGAUCCAAACAGUGCUGCUGUAGUUACUCUUCCAGACGGAACUCAAGCUCAAGUUCGAGCAGUUAGUGCAGUUAGAAUUCAAGGCUCGGGAGGUGAGGCAAAUCAAGCUGUUCAAACAUUGGCUGAACUAUCCACCGGCCAAGAUGGGGAAAGAGUUACUCAAAUCGGUACUGUGAGUGUUGAUUUAAGCGGUGACGGGUCCGGUCAAACAGUUGCCACAUUAGCGGAGGCAACAAUUAGUCCGGAUGGUCAAAUUAUACUUACAGGGGAAGAUGGAACUCAAAGCACCUUUCCAGUUUCCGGUAUGGUAACCAUACCUGUAUCCAUGUACCAAACAGUGGUCACUAAUAUUGGAAAUCUUAAUGAAGGAAUACCAGUGACAAUGAGUGCCAUAACCGCUACAGAGUCAGCUUCAAGUACAACAGGAGGAAUUGCUGAAGAGCAAGUUAAUGAUGCCAGCACAACGACCAAUACAGAGAUGGAAGAUGUUAAAACUGUUCUCAAUGGUACUCAGACAUCAGUCACGAAUUCGGAGGAAGAAAGUUGAAUCUUAUUUGAGAGGCUAUGUCAAAAUUUACUUGAUAUUCUAAUAUUAUUAUUCCUUAACUAUUUUGCAUGUAGAAACCGCUUUCUCUCUAAUAUCCUCCCGAGUCUAUCUCUCAUCCGAUUACAGUAAAACCUCGCUUAGGUUAUAACCAAAAAAACAACUCCAUCUAGCGAAUCUAUGUUUUUUUUUCUCUUACAAAUAAUCUUGACAAUUUUUUUUGUCUCUUUCUCGAUCUCUUUCUUUUCAUAGAUGGCAGUGACAAAAUUUAACCUAAGAAAUAUCACCUAAGCUAGGUUUGAACUGUAACUGAAUCUUCCUUUCUUCAGAUUGAAGAUUCAAGAAAAAAAAGCAAGGCAAAAACAUUUGAGGAGACCUUUUUUUCCUAUGACAUUUAUGUAAUUAUUUGAUCAUUCAUUUUACAUCUUGUAUUAUAUGCCUCAUUGAUUUCCACUUUGCACAGAGAGUGUUGAAAAUCAUUUUCUUUUCUUCUUUCUCUCCUUAUUUCUUGCUCUUUUUUUCUUCAUGUAUUGUUUUCGUUUUCCUUGAUUAGAUUUCUGUUAAUGCCAAAUCAACGCUAACAAAUGUCAUCAAAUACCCAUCAAUGCCACCGCUUCAGCUUUGGUUCCUCUCUUCCUUUCAUCCUUCUUUCAUCCUUCUCUAUCUUCCUCUCUUUCUCUGCCUCACUUUCCUCCUCCUCCAUCCUAUUCACUAUAUCAUGCACAUUUCACCACUUUUUCUCUACCCAUCUCUCACCUCUCUUUCCACCCACAACAAAACCAACAAAAGAAACAAUUGUCGAUCAUCUGUAAAUUAUUUAGACAAAAGUGUAAUUCUAUUGAUUACCAUUUUGUGCAACCCAGUGCAUCAAGGAAUUGAAAUCGGUGAAAGACAAUUCUUUCUGUGAAGUCCAACCAUUGAAGGUUCAUGUUUUAUCACCCAAGCAAAACACGGAUCUCAAUUUGACCCUCACAAUUAUAACCUCAAAACAAAAAAUCAACUAACAUACUUUGAAUAAAUCAUUGGUAAAUUAAUAAUUUAGACGAUCAAUUGUGACCAUCAAAAAAAAACAAACAAAAACAAUUUGAUAAUUGAUAAAAUGAAUUCUAAAUUCUUGCCGUGCUUUUAUAAGCUAUUUCAAAUGGAGAUGAAUCUUUAACUGGGAAACUUUAUUUCUUAAUGAUUCCCUUUUUAUGACUUAAUUCGUUCUUUUUAUCCUUUCAAUCCCUUCUCUUCAAAUUGUUUCAACCCCAACAUUCAAUCCAUUCAACAUCUGCAUCAAAUUGCCUGAUUUUACUGGCCAAACAAAAACAAAACAUUUUCAUGACUUGAGCAAAUGAAAUUGACAACAAGUCAUACAGUCAUCCAUAACAUUUUAAUUUAAAGACAAAAUUAUCUUCAUUAAGAAGUCAAUCAUACAUUUGGUGAUGUAAAUUUUUUCUCAUCCUUUUUAUUCUCAUUUUCACCUUCUCUCUCUCUCACCUCUCGCUUUUACCUCUUUGUUUCUCUAUUUCUCUUAUAAAUAUUUCAACUAAUAUCAAGCAAAAUGAUUAAAAAUCAGAUCAAUAAUCUUAAA